AUGAAAGUGCCGCGCCAGGCGGAUGCGCCUUUCCGGAUGGCUAUCGUGGGGUCCGGCCCGGCGGGCUUCUAUACAGCACAGAGAAUCCUGUCUCGUCUUCCUGGGUCCCGGGUGGAUAUGUACGAGUCACUACCCGUGCCGUUUGGACUCGUCCGAUUCGGAGUGGCACCUGAUCAUCCUGAAGUGAAGAACUGCCAACUCAGGUUUGAAGAAAUUGCCAGCUCCCGCAACUUUACAUUUAUUGGCAAUACGUCCGUGGCCGAGGCCGGACAACACGAUGGCAGCUGUUCUGUUGGCCUCUCGAGCAUGCUGCGGCAUUACGAUGCCGUCCUCCUGGCAUACGGCGCAUCCAGAGAUCGACUCCUUGGCAUACCCGGGGAGGACACCCUGAGCGGAAUUUACUCGGCCCGCCAAUUGGUUGGCUGGUACAAUGGGCUACCGAACUGCGCGGACUUGAUGCCGGACCUCUCCAAAGGCGACGAAGCCGUCAUAAUUGGACAAGGCAAUGUCGCAUUGGACGUCGCCCGGAUACUGCUGGAAAAUGUCGACAGGUUACGGCACACAGAUAUGCCCGAACAGGCCCUCGAGACGUUGUCCCGGUCCCGCGUGCGACGAGCUGCAUUCACAAUCAAAGAGGUCCGGGAGCUAAUGAAGAUCCCUGCGGUAGCUUUCCACCCAGCAGAGCGAUCUCUCAUCCCCGAUAACCUCCAGUCCUUACCCAGGGCACCUAGGCGACUGAUGGAGGUGAUCGUCAAAGGCACUCCGGUGUCUCCGUCUACGGCGCUUAAGUCAUGGUCUCUAGACUUUUGUCUGUCUCCGUCGAGAUUUCUACCCCGUGAGAACUCUCCAGACAAUGUUGGAACCACGGUCCUAGAACGAACUGAACUCUCAUCGAAAUUCGACCCUGAUGCUCAGACUCGAAGGACAGAUUCCGAAGUGGCAAUCCCAUCCUCUUUGGUCUUUCGCUCCAUCGGAUACAAGUCAGAACCCCUUCCAGGCUUCGAUGAACUUGGGGUUCUGUUUGACGGCCAGCGAGGAGUUGUAAUGAGCGAUGGAUGCGGACGGGUCCUCCGAUCAUCUCCAGGGCAACCGCAGUCGAUUCCGGAGCUGUUCCCCGGCCUUUACUGUGCCGGAUGGGUGAAGAGAGGCCCCACUGGAGUAAUAGCUUCGACAAUGCAGGAUGCAUUUGACACAGCCGAUUCACUUAUCCAGGACUGGCUGUCCGGGAGAGCAUUCUUGCCCCGAAGCGAGUCGUCGCCUUUAUCUGGCUGGGACGGUCUAAGCAAAGAGUUGCCGGGCGGUAAGUCCAAUGUAGUAGACUGGGCGGCCUGGAAGAAGAUCGACCAGGCCGAAAAGGAGAGGGGCCGACUGAAAGGGAAACAGCGAGAGAAAUUCACAAGGACCAGUGAAAUGCUCCAAACUGUCUCCCGAGGACAUGGCGCUUUGUCAUCGUAUACUCUGUAG